CUGUGUGAGGUGCGCUUCACAAUAGAGAGGAUCCUGUCUCUGGGAAUAGGUGAAGGGUUCACCUCCGCAGAACUGGUUUUUCAUUUUGCUCUGAUGACUCCUCGUUACUCUUUCGUUUAUGUUCUGUCAGUAUGGGUGACAUGUGGCCUGACGUCUACUUUGGAUCCCGGCUUUGGAGCAAAUGGAGGCCUUCCAAACGGCACGGACAGAAAGUCGGAUAGAGUAAGGACGGAAGCAACCCCAGAGGAAUGUCCCAAAAUCUAUGAUGAAGACUUGAGUGUUAGGGUGUUCAAAUGCUGUGGAAAGCUGGUGUAUGAUCGGCUAAAUGAAAUGUGCUGUGACCAAACCGUGAUGGCCAAACCUCAUCCUAUGGCUGAAUGUUGUGGCAAAGAAACGUAUGACAGCGAGAGACAGCUCUGCUGUGGUCCAAAAGGGAGAAAGAAAAUCCUGAACAAAACAACCCUUGACCAUCGGUGCUGCCUUGACAGGCAGUAUAACCCCAAAACUGAAUGUUGCUGUGGGCAACCUGUACCGAAAGCAUCUAAUCUCUCAGAUUGCUGCAUCCAGGAACAAAGAGGUGAGAAAGAAAUGAAACCUGAUCCCCGACCUAUCUGCGUUAAACCAUUGUCCGGUGUGUGUGGGUCACAUUGUUACGAUCCAAGCAAGCAGAGCUGCUGUCAGAGAGAACAAAGACAGCCUUUCUCGAGCUGUUCCUCAGGUCGAUAUGAUGCCAGUUUGUACAAUCCCAAUGAACUAAUCUGCUGUAAUGGGUGUUUGUCACCGUUGAAGCCGUGGAUGGAUCAGUGCUGUGGAGACACACCGUAUGGUUUAGCACAACGGGGAGUGCUCUGCUGUAAUGACACUUUGUACAAGAACGGAGAGGAUGGACAGCAUUGGUCAGUGAGCGGUCGUCCUCACAAGCCUGCCUACGGGACCUCUAGGAGGCAAUUCUCUGGAAAGCACUGCUGCGGGUCACAAACCUAUGAUCCCCAGAACGAGAUCUGCUGCAAUGGACAAAGACACCCCAAGGGGCUGAAUAUGCAUUGCUGUGGGCCUCAGGCUUACAACAUUUCAGACCCACUGAAGAAAUGCUGCGCCGGGACGCUGCACAACCUGACACCUGACAUGAAUGACAGUCAGUGUUGCGGAUCCUCUCUGAAAACCAAUAAGCAGACGGAAUGCUGUACAAGUGAGGGCAAUGAAGUGCUCUACAAAACCAAGGGAGGGUUCGAGUGCUGCAACCACCGUUACUACAACACUUCUCUUUGGGCCUGCUGCUCAGGGAGGCUGAGUCCUCGGUACAAAGAACGAAUCCAGGAUCCAUGUUAGUUCUAACUGGACGAAGUCAACGCAACGAUCCCUUGCGAGAAAUUGUUCAGUGGGGUUGUGGAGAGCAGAACUUUCGUGGUGAAAAAACCCAUCCAUCUAUAUCCUGAAAACUUGUCUGUGCAGCCAUCUUACGACCAACCAGGGAAGACAUACUUUGUCAUUACAACCAGCAUCUUCAUAGGUGUCAACCAUGACUCAAUUCUUCAGUCUAUUCAUUUCAUUCUCUAAUAUGUUCUCAGUAGAUCUCUUCUGGUUGGUAUGUUCUUGUUUAUUUGGUUUGUCAGUCAUUACUUAAACCAAAUAUUAAUUUUCCGAUGUAGUUAUUCCAGUCUAUCAGCUAUUUACUUUACUCGUAUAAUUAUCAUUAGUUGCACUAUUCUAUGUAUGUUGCUUUGCCACAUCAAGUACUGAUGUUUGUGACUCACUUACAGAACUUUUCACUUCUUAAAAGAACAUCAAGCGAUCCGAUAAUCCAAUAUGGUGCUGGGAAAAAUAUGAAUUCACUAUGGUCCCAUUGAAGUUUACAUUGUCUUGCGAGAGCUACAGCAAUAAAAACAAUGUUCCAGUCUACUGAGAGUAGACUGAAUAGGCAAUAACGUCUUUGAAAUGCCAUGGAAAACACAGGAAGAGUGUGUUCAUAAACUAAUCCUUAUCAGCUCAUAAGGUUUUUAUUUUGAAUAUAUCAGUCAAAAAGCUAAGUUGAGUUUUGAUUAACUGCACAUACACUUUCUAUCAGCUUCUGAAUGUAUACAUGUGAAUGAAAUAGAAUUAAAGCAAAGGCUCAGGUUUUCAUGUAUAAACAUGCAAUUUGAAUAUGCUAAUUUAAGACUCGAUUUUGUUUUGUUUUUCUAGCUCAGUUUUCAUACUGUGCCUAGCCGUGAAAGUAGCUGUAAGUUCCAUUCAUCCAUUUGUUGUAUCUGCUUAUUCUUGAGCCUAUCCCAAAUGUUUAUCUGAAAAGUGUGGUACUGAAUGUAUCUGUUUUGCAUGUUUAUUUACAUAUUUUACACGUUUGUUUUGAAUGUAAAACUGGGCGUUUUGCGCCUUCUUAUUCUCUUGUGAUAAAGUUAUUGAUAAAAAAC